AUGCCCCUUACCCCGUACGACACCAGUGCCUGGCCCGUUAUCCACUGGAUGGCUGGAUUUGGUCCCAUAGGUGAUGCCGAGGAUGUCCCGCCUUACCCCCCUCCUCCACCUCCUCCAUCUCCUGCUCCUCCUGCCUCUCCUGCCUCUCCUGCUUCUCCUUCUUCUAGCAAGAGCACUCGCAUUCAAACUCCGACUCGGAACCGGUCAGGCCUUACUCCGGGACUUGCAGGUCUGGGUCUGGAUGAUGGCCUUCCUCUUCACCAGCAAAGGAUUGUGCGGGAACGCCGCCGCCGCCUGCCGCCACUGCGCCGCUGGGCCCCAGGGCCUUGGGCCAGGCCGAGCAACCAGCUGGGACCCGGGCAGCCUACCCGCGAGGAUGCCCUCGACCUUCCCCGCGCCUCGGAUCUGAACCUGCAGUAUGGAGUACCCAUGACACUGGGUCGAAAUGAUGACGACGUUUACCGUACCGUCGCGAUUGAGGGCAUGCCUAACAACUAUGGUGCAACCCGUAUCUUAUCUCUCAUCCGAGGAGGCGGGGUCUAUUCUUUCCAUCUCGACCCCACACCUAGGAGGUCCUGGAUGACUGCAUUGAUCGUCUUCGUCACGGAGAGCGGUGCCGACGCCUUCAUUGAGUAUUCGCGGGGCAGCCACUUCGCCCUCACCUCAGGCGGUGCCCAGGCGAUGAAGCUCGCCAAUCCCACUUAUCCCAUGCCGCUCCCUUUGCUUGAAUGCCCAAUGACAAGAUGCCUGGUGAUUCGCAACGGCCUGCACCGUAUUGCCCAGUCGAGGCUUGCCAACUGGCCCAAUGCUGGCAAUCUAAUUGCAGCUAAAACGCACACUGGGGUCUCUGGAGAGCGAGUCCUCCAGUUUUUCUCGGUGAGAGCUGCCAACUGGGUCUUCCGCCGGCUUUCCGAGUGCGAAGAGUUCAACUCGACGACCCUGGACUUUGCCCCGGAUCCUGCCGCCGCCGCCAUGUGA